UCUCGUACAUAGAGCUGUUUUAGCGUCGUCAAUGGGAAGUGCACGCCAAGGUGGAAAAGCGAAUACUGUCUAGCUAACUUCCAUUUACAACAUGGGUUCUACUUCGAUUCCGUGUUUGUGGAUUACAUUUAGCCUUCAUUUAUGUUGUUUGAUGAACACUGGAAAAGCGCAGAAUGCGAAAGAAGUGAUUCUGUUGGAUUCUAAGGCACAGCAGACAGAGCUGGAGUGGAUAUCUUCUCCUCCUGGUGGGUGGGAAGAGAUCAGCGGGUUGGAUGAAAACUACACCCCCAUUCGCACAUACCAGGUUUGUCAGGUCAUGGAGCCCAAUCAGAACAACUGGCUUCGGACUAGCUGGAUAGAGAAGGGCGAUGCCCAGAGGAUUUUUGUGGAACUGAAGUUCACCUUGAGGGAUUGUAACAGUCUACCCGGUGUGGUGGGCACGUGCAAGGAGACAUUCAACUUGUAUUAUCAGGAAACCGAUUCGGAGGUCGGCAGGAAUAUACGAGAGAACCAGUACGUGAAAAUUGACACAAUCGCAGCAGAUGAGAGCUUCACUCAGGGGGACCUGGGAGAGAGGAAGAUGAAGCUGAAUACAGAAGUGCGCAUCAUUGGGCCGCUGUCCAGACGAGGGUUUUACCUGGCCUUCCAGGAUGUAGGGGCAUGCAUCGCUCUGGUCUCUGUCAACGUUUAUUACAAGAAGUGCUGGUCCAUCAUUGAGAACCUGGCCACUUUCCCAGACACUGUUACGGGAUCAGAAUUCUCCUCUCUGGUCGAGGUCGAGGGCAUGUGUGUCAGUGACGCCGAGGAGGAGGCCGAUAACGCUCCCAAGAUGCACUGCAGCGCAGAGGGAGAAUGGCUGGUGCCUAUAGGGAAAUGUAUAUGCAAAGCUGGAUUUCAUCAGAAGGGCGAUGCAUGUGAACCAUGUGGCCGUGGGUUCUACAAGUCCUCGUCCCAGGACCUGCAGUGUUCGCGCUGCCCAGCACACAGCUACAAUGACCGGGAGGGCUUGUGGCGCUGCGACUGUGAGGACGGCUACUACCGGGCACACUCAGACCCACCCUCUGUGGCCUGCACAAGACCUCCCUCGGCACCACAGAACCUGGUUUACAACAUCAACCAGACCACCGUCAGCCUGGAGUGGAGCCCGCCGGCCGACAUGGGCGGUCGCAACGACGUCACCUACAGGAUUAUGUGCCGGCGCUGCAGCUGGGAGCCCGAGGAGUGCGUGCCGUGCGGGGGGAACGUGGGAUACUCCCCCCAGCAGGCAGAAUUAGUGGACACCUACGUAAAUGUGGUGGACCUACUGGCCCACGCCAACUACACCUUUGAGGUGGAGGCUGUCAACGGGGUCUCUGACCUCAGCCGCACCCAGAGGCUUUUUGCCGCAGUCAGCGUCGCCACCAGUCAAGCAGCUCCCUCCCAAGUCAGUGAGGUCAUCAGGGAGAGAGUGCAGCAGCGAAGCGUCCAGCUCUCCUGGCAGGAGCCUGAGCAGCCCAAUGGAGUCAUCACUGAAUAUGAGAUUAAGUACUAUGAAAAAGACCAGAAGGAUCGUAUCUACUCCACAGUGAAGUCCAGAUCCACGUCAGCCACAGUGAACAAUCUGAAGCCCAGCACAGCCUACGUGUUUCAAAUCCGAGCCUUCACCACGGCCGGCUACGGCACCUACGGACCCCGCCUGGAGAUCACUACCAAGGAGGAGGCCUCAGCAUCCACCAUUGUCUCCAGCGAGCAGAACCCUGUCAUCAUCAUCGCGGUGGUGGCCGUGGCGGGGACCAUCAUCCUGGUCUUCAUGGUGUUUGGCUUCAUCAUUGGGAGAAGGCACUGUGGCUACAGCAAGGCAGACCAGGAAGGAGACGAGGAGCUGUAUUUUCAAUUUAAAUUUCCAGGCACCAAAACAUACAUUGACCCUGAAACCUACGAGGACCCCAACAGGGCUGUCCAUCAAUUUGCCAAGGAGCUGGACGCGUCCUGCAUUAAGAUUGAGCGAGUUAUUGGAGCAGGAGAGUUUGGGGAGGUGUGUAGUGGACGGAUGAAGCUCCCAGGGAAACGGGACACGUCAGUGGCCAUUAAAACCUUGAAGGUGGGCUACUCUGAGAAACAGAGGAGAGACUUCCUUUGUGAGGCCAGCAUUAUGGGCCAGUUUGACCAUCCCAAUGUUGUCCAUCUGGAGGGAGUGGUGACCAGAGGAAAACCGGUGAUGAUUGUGAUUGAAUAUAUGGAAAACGGCUCAUUAGAUGCUUUCCUCAGGAAACACGAUGGUCAGUUCACAGUGAUCCAGUUAGUGGGAAUGCUGCGGGGCAUAGCUGCGGGGAUGAGAUAUCUCUCUGACAUGGGAUAUGUCCAUCGAGAUCUGGCUGCACGAAACAUCCUUGUCAACAGCAAUCUCGUAUGUAAAGUAUCUGACUUCGGCCUGUCAAGAGUGAUCGACGAUGAUCCCGAGGCUGUCUACACAACAACGGGUGGAAAGAUACCUGUUCGAUGGACAGCAAUGGAAGCCAUCCAGUACCGUAAAUUCACUUCCGCUAGUGAUGUGUGGAGUUAUGGCAUUGUCAUGUGGGAAGUCAUGUCCUAUGGGGAACGGCCUUACUGGGACAUGUCCAAUCAAGAUGUGAUAAAGGCAAUAGAGGAGGGGUACCGCCUCCCUGCUCCCAUGGACUGCCCUCCAGGCCUGCACCAGCUAAUGCUGGACUGCUGGCAGAAAGACAGGGCUGAUCGACCCAAAUUUGAUCAAAUAGUUGGCAUCCUUGAUAAGAUGAUUCGCAAUCCCAAUACCUUAAAAACCCCUUUGGGAACAUGCACAAGACCGAUUAGUCCCCUGUUAGAUCAGAGCACACCAGACUUCACGACGUUCCGCUCGGUGGGGGAGUGGCUGGAGGCCAUCAAGAUGGAGAGAUACAAAGACAACUUCACCGCCGAAGGCUACAGCUCACUGGAAUCUGUGGCCAGGAUGUCAAUCGAGGAUGUGAUGAGCUUGGGGAUCACUUUAGUGGGACAUCAGAAGAAGAUCAUGAGCAACAUACAGACUAUGAGAGCCCAGAUGCUAAAUCUCCACGGCACGGGCAUCCAGGUGUGAUGAUAGACUACAGUGCCCCCUGUGGACAGGGGGGCAAAGAGCUAUAUAGAGCAGCGCAAGGGCAGAACUUCCCAGGAUAAUCAUAACAAAUCAUGUGACGUGACGUCGUCAUUCCUUUGUUCCUUGGCAAAGGAUUUAACCCCUCUUUAGAAUGGGUACCAAGGAGAGAUUGAGAGAAUACUCCCUGGACAUGAUGCCGCUCUGAGAAACUCAACCACAAAUAGAGAUGGAGCUUUGGAAAAGGAGUUUUAUCCAUAUUACCUUGAUCUUUUAACCUUAUGAAUUUUUGGGGGGAGGGCACCAUGAAAAUGGAUUUCACUUAAAAAAGAAAAGAAAUCCCCCCGAAACUUUUUUCCCUUGCAGUGUUUAAAAAAUAUUUUUUUUAUUCUAGUUUGUUAAUUUUGUUAGUUUCAGAAGGCACAGUGACAUGGUCUGGUACGUAAAGUAAUCUAACAUCUUUCUUUCGCGUUACAAUUUUUUUUUUGGACUUGACAACAGGGUAAAUGUUCCCAUCAAAAGGACAGGGAGGAUGAAUAUGGUGUCUGAACAUUUUGGUGGAGAUGAUCUCGACCAGUUUGUCUUGAGACACUACUGCCUGUUUUAACUGUUUGCAGUGAGUUGUGUUUUUUUCUCCCUGAUGUUUCUGAAGUGGAAAUGGCAUCCUGCACCUCAGAUCAGUGACUUCAAGGAUAGUAGUAUUCACUUGGUUUUUUCAAGCUUGUAAGAGUGGCUUGUUGUAUGAAUUUUUCUGAAGACAGAUGCUCUUGUUGUAUAAUGAAAACAUUUCAAAUUUCUAUGUAGGAAUUGCGAAACAGUAUGACACCAACAAGGCAAUUCGAUUUCAGAUUGAUCACAACUUUUAUAUCUAAUAUCAAGCAUCAAAUUGGCAAUGUUUAUGUUUACCACAUUAAUUAUUUUACCUUAUUGUCCAAUAUACUUUCAAUCUGAAAUGUUUUGUUGUUGAAUUAUUUAUUUGAACGUUUCCGCAGACAGCACUAUAGAAAGGUUGUAUUGAAACUUAAAGAGACUUGAUCCACCGCAAAGGGUUUGAAAUGCCUAAACAAGCAUAUUUUUUGUUGUUGCAGCAAAUGGUAUUUCUUUCCUAUUUUGGUGAAAACAGUUGUCAAGGGUGAAUCUAUGAAAGGCUGUGUAUGUUCGUUCUACAAGUAAUUGUCCCUUAAAACAAAUGUAUUCCCAUUAUUUUUCGGCACUUCUAUGGCAAGUUUUUUUGCGAUUCACUGAGACAGUCUUUUGUAGGGUGGAAUGGACAAGUUCCCUUUUUUCUUUGUGGUAUCCUGUCAUCCUGAACUUGAAUAGAUCAAAUCAAGUGCAUGCACAGUGAUGGUUAACACAGUCAGUGUAGGGUAGAAUAUUGAACAGAGCAAUAAUUAGCCCAGGUGGAAAUGGUCCUCUGAGAUUUUAAGGUGCUGGGUUUUACACAAAUAUCAGUUGUGCUGGGAAAAUUCUUUGGAAAUGUUCUGUCACCAACAGGAAAAAGGAAUACGUAUUGACCUUUUUCCAGUUGAAGAUGACCUGGAUUAUAGGGCUGGGACGAUAGAUUGGUACAGUACAAUACAGAGUUAUCAAAUAAUGAAAUAGUAAUGCCACUUACGAAAUGGUAUACCGUGGCAUGCUAAUGACUUAAUAACAAUGUCACAGAGUAUGAGCAUGUUUGGAAUAUAUGGCUGUUACAGUGGAGUGAAAUGACAUUCAACCAGCGGAGAGUCGUACAUAUUAGUCAUGACAUCAUCUUUUCCAUUGCAGCACACUGCAUUUGCAGGCGUUCAGUUCGGUGUGAGGUACACUAACUACACUAACUAAUAUUACCAUAAUAUAUUGAAAAUCCUAAUACUCCUUAUUAUGAUGCUCAUACUCUGAAAAUCACAUAGCGUCCCAGCCACAUGUUUAUUAAUGUGUCUCUGCUCAAACCUUUCCAGGCAAACAGGGUGAUGUAACAUGCAUAAAAGUGUUUUCUAGGCUUUUUUCUUUAACUUACCUGGCCCUUUGCAUGUUAAUCACGGCACAGAGAUAAGGAAUGGGCUCUGCAAAGAUGUGCUAAAGAGCCAACCUAAUGGUGCCAUCGCAGUCUUCUCUUUCUACAACAAAAUGAAUGUUAUCACGUUGAAUAUGUCUCCAGUACUCUGAUGGUCGAUUCACUCAUUUCUUUGUCAUUUAAAGUAAAGAAAAUAUAGGUAUUUCCAAUUGCAAUUAUAUCCAAGGCUGUCUUUAUGGACUGAUCAUAGAUUCAGAUUUUCAAAGCUGCAGCUUUUCCCAAUGGUUUAUUUAAGACGCCUUUUAAUAUGCCUGUAGAUUGAAUUGGUCUUCAGAAAACCAACCUUGAAACACUAUCAUGGACUAUGGCUGCAAGCUUAGUUUUUGUAAAGCCAUUAGUGACUUUGUCUAUUUUUUCCUAGAUUAAUUUCCAUUGUGCUCGGUCCAAAGGGACUCACACCUGUGGGGGGGUACCCAGGGAAUCAGACCAUGCCCAGCCUGCUCUGGGCCCCAUGUCACAGACAGACCCAUUCUUUAUCCAUACAGCAAAGCUCAGCAAUUGGGAGCAUGCCAGCCCUUUGAAUUGAAUACCAGCGUAAAGUCAUUCAGUCAGCACAAAACUCCCCAGUUCACAGGAAGGCAAGCAGCUCUCUCUCUCUCUCUCUCUCUCUCUCUCUCUCUCUCUCUCUCUCUCUCUCUCUCUCUCUCUCUCUCUCUCUCUCUCUCUCUUUCUCUCUUUCUCUCUCUCUCUCUUUCUCUCUCUCUCUCUCUCUCUCUCUCUCUCUCUCUCUCUCUCUCUCUCUCUCUCUCUCUCUCUCUCUCUCUCUCUCUCUCUCUCUCUCUCUCUCUCUCUCUCUACUCUCCCCUGCUCUGAUCUCCAACAGCGGGCCCCUAGGGGCCUUCACACCCCAGAGCGGGUAGGCCCCCACUCCUCCUCCUCCCUCUCUCUCUGAGUCUGGGGUCCUGUAGAGACAGCAAUUUUGAGCCAAAUUGAGAUUAAGACCUGGAUACAAUCGAUCUGCCAUAUAAAUAAUCUGUAACCUUCACAGGCCUUCACAACCUUCCAUCCUCAUGGUUCCUCUCCGCUUUUACUUUGUUUCUUACCUGUUUUCUUGUUGAGGAUGUUCAAGUGAAUAUAUGGGGAUGUUGUUCUGUUUCAACAAAGCUGAAUGCAGUUUGUGUGGUGAGUUGAUUGGAUUCAGGAAUGAGAACACAUUUUAAAUACAAAGUAGAAUGGUUAUUAUUUUCAAACCUUUUGGACAAACUGUUGGAAAUUGUGGACACGCCUUUGCAAUGCAUAGGUGUUGGAUGAUUCCAAAGAGUUCAGCACUGUUGAUUGUGUCAGAAAGAUCUGAGGUCCGAGGGGAACUUUGUAUAUGUUCUAAUUGUAAAACCUGUACAUUUUUAUUUAUAUAGUUGUCUUUUUACACAUAUUACUCUGUAGUGAGCUCUGAAUACAUUGAAAAUGCACUAUAUUUUUCUAUCUCACUUGCAGAUGAUUAUUGUCACCCAGAAGAUUUCAGUUGUACAUACUUUCUCAUUUAGGACCAAAGACAGGUUUUCCAUCUAGAAUUGUAUUUUGUUUUUAUUUUCUCUUUUAGUUUAAUGUACAGUUAUAUGAAUUGUCAAUGUAUUAUUUAUUUUUUUCUGUGAUGAGAGUAUUGAGUAUUCAUCGGUCAAGAGUAUUUUCCCCAAACAGCAGAACUUUAAAAUCAUUACUUCUUAGACAAUUUCCUGUUACAUAGGACAUUUCUUUUUUGCUUUGUAACCUUUGUAAUAGACUGUACAUAUAUUUUUGGAAAUAUAAUACAAUCUCUAUAGAAA